AUGUCCCAAAAUUUCAAAAAAAAUUUUUUAAGUUCUCGAGUCCUUAACGCGUCCCAAUUUUUUCUUCUUCACUCAUUUAAUGCUCCUCAACUACCACUAUACACACUUUUUUCUCUCUUGGGAAAGCCGCCUAACUGUCCUCGCCAUUAUUUUAUAUACCAAACAAUAUAUUUAACUAGCCUUCCCCUCACUGACAAAAGCGCAUUUUUAAGCAGCGCAAUCUUCCUAUCCUUUAUAGUUUUUAUGGUUUUUUGAAGGGGAGGGGG